UCCUCACGGGUCAGGUUUAGUCCACACGUCCAACCCUCCUAAAGACUUGAGCUCUUCAGGGAACAAACGGGUUUCCUUUUUUUCACGAGAGCCCGUUUACCUUCAGUCUGAGAGACUGCUGGGCGGAGGGACUAAGAAGUUUGUUUUCAACGAAAACCAAUUGAUUAGUUUUUUUUUUUUUUGCUCAUGGCAGUGCAGAAAUAAAUAACAAUAAUCUGGAUUGUGGAAUAGGAACGAAUUUAAAAUAAGACACAGUUGAGGGCGCCGGUCAUGGAUAAGGAAAGGUGGUCCACGAGAUGGAAAACGAAAAAGUGGCUCAGGAACUCCGUUUUAAGUGCAAUCUUCAGUCUGACUUUUGUCCUACAGGCAACACAUGUGAGAGCAGCUGAACCCGUGGAUGUGCUCAAGGUCUUAGACUUUAAAAGUUCACCUGAAGGAGUGAAGAAAACACAAGGCUUCUGCACCAUCCGAAGAGGAUCCAAACCAGAUGUGGCCUACCGAGUGGACAAACAAGCUCAACUCAGCUCCCCAACCAAGCAGCUCUUCCCAGGAGGAGUAUUCCCUCAGGAUUUCUCCAUCCUUAUGACUAUCAAGCCAAAGGCAGGAAUACAGUCCUUCCUUUUGUCGGUAUACAACGAGCAGGGCAUCCAGCAGCUGGGUGUGGAGGUGGGCCGCUCGCCGAUCUUCCUGUAUGAGGAUCAGCAUGGGAAACCCGCUCCUGAGGAUUACCCCCUUUUCCGUGCAAUCAACCUCGCAGAUGGAAAGUGGCACCGUGUGGCUAUUAGCAUCGAAAAGAAGACCGUUACAAUGAUUGUGGACUGUAAGAAGAAGAUCUCUAAACCACUCAGCAGAAGUGACCAUUCAAUCAUUAACACAGAUGGCAUCGCUGUCUUCGGCACCAGAAUCCUGGACGAGGAAGUUUUUGAGGGGGACAUCCAGCAGCUUCUUUUGGUGGCGGACCCUCGUGCAGCCUACGAUUACUGUGAACACUACAGCCCUGACUGUGAAACCCCCCAUCAGGACACACCACAGGCCCAGGAGCCCGAGGAGGAGUACAAUACUGAAUACACGGAUUAUAAUGAGUUCUAUGACUACACAGAAGAAGGGACUGCCACUGAAAAUCCCAUUGACAACGUCCAAACUGAGACCAAGCCCAGCACUGCUGACACGGGUGACUACUAUGUUGAGCAGGACUAUGGCACUGAAGCUCCUUCCAUUCCAGCCAAUGAGAAUCCUUUGCCAAAAGAGGACAUUGUUGACGACUACAUUACAGGGAUAGAAGAAGUUGGAGUGGAUCCCACCAUUGCCACCAAUGAGAAUGUGGAAAUUGUGGAGUCCACUAAUGAAGCCGAAACCCAGGACUUUAAGGAAUACGACAUUAACGCAUAUGAUGCAAAAGAGUUAGACCCCAGCAAUUAUGACGAUUCAUUCUAUGACUACAAUACUAAUGGUGCCAAACCCACUGGAUCCACCUACGAGGAUGAGUUCGGACCGGGCCGACCUGCUGAAACGCAGGUCACGGAGAGUAAUGUUGGUGGAGGCUAUGGUGGUGAGAAGGGGCAAAAAGGUGAACCUGCAGUCAUUGAGCCGGGGAUGCUUGUAGAGGGACCCCCAGGACCAUCAGGGCCCGCCGGCCUCCCCGGCACUCCUGGUAUACAAGGCUCCCCGGGCCUCCACGGAGAUCCUGGUGAGAGAGGUCCUCCUGGUCGUCCCGGUUUGCCAGGCGCAGAUGGAGCUCCUGGGCCCUCGGGCACCAUCCUUAUGUUGCCGUUCCGCGCUGGUGGAGAAUCUUCAAAGGGUCCAGUGGUGACGGCACAAGAAGCGCAGGCCCAAGCCAUCCUCGCCCAGGCCCGGUUGACUAUGCGGGGACCACCUGGUCCAAUGGGAUUGACAGGACGCUCCGGCCCCGUGGGUGGUCCUGGUGCAAAUGGUGCUAAAGGGGAAAGUGGAGAUCCUGGCCCACAGGGGCCAAGAGGACUUCAAGGCCCAACUGGAUCACCUGGAAAAUCAGGCAAGAGGGGCCGAAAUGGAGCCGAUGGAGCCAGAGGAAUUCCUGGAGAAUCAGGAGCCAAGGGGGACCGAGGAUUUGAUGGGCUUCCUGGCUUACCUGGUGAUAAGGGACACAGAGGUGAGAUAGGUCCCAUCGGCCUACCAGGCUCUCCAGGAGAGGACGGACCAAGGGGCGAGGAUGGUGAGAUCGGACAGAGGGGAAUGCCAGGAGAAAGUGGUCCAAGAGGACUGCUGGGCCCCAGAGGAUCUGCUGGGACCGCUGGACAGCGUGGUCUUCCUGGAUUGGAUGGACCACCUGGCCCUAAAGGAAAUAUGGGUCCUCAAGGAGAGCCAGGACCCCAUGGGCAACAGGGUAGCACCGGUCCACAUGGUCUGCCUGGUCCUCAAGGCCCGAUUGGUCCACCUGGAGAGAAAGGUCCCGGUGGAAAACAGGGGCUCCAUGGGCUGGCUGGGGCGGAUGGGCCUCCUGGUCAUCCUGGGAAAGAGGGUCCUCCCGGGGAGAAAGGAGCAGCUGGCCACACAGGUCCCCAGGGGUCCAUUGGCUAUCCCGGCCCCCGAGGUGUGAAGGGUGCCGAGGGCGUUCGUGGCUUGAAGGGCGGCAAAGGCGAGAAGGGAGAAGAUGGUUUUCCUGGGUUCAAGGGUGACAUGGGCCUGAAGGGUGACAAGGGAGAGGGUGGUGUUUUGGGCUCCAGAGGAGAAGACGGACCAGAGGGGCCCAAAGGUAAAUCAGGUCCCUCCGGAGAGGCUGGUCCUAUGGGCACGGCAGGAGAGAAGGGGAAACUUGGUGUUCCAGGUUUGCCUGGCUACCCAGGAAGACAAGGUCCUAAGGGCUCUACUGGUUUCUCUGGCUUCCCUGGAGCCAAUGGUGAGAAGGGAGGAAGGGGUAUUGCUGGUAAAGCAGGUCCAAGAGGACAAAGAGGUCCAACGGGUCCCCGUGGCGGAAGAGGUGCCAGAGGUCCAACAGGAAAACCUGGACCAAAGGGAACAUCAGGAAAUGAUGGACCAUCUGGUGGCCCAGGAGAGAGAGGACCCCAAGGACCUCAGGGCCCUGUUGGAUUGCCAGGCCCCAAAGGCCCACCUGGGCCUGCUGGAAAGGACGGAUUGCCCGGUCACCCUGGACAGCGAGGAGAGACUGGUUUUCAAGGAAAAACAGGACCUCCUGGACCUGGAGGUGUUGUUGGCCCACAGGGAUCUACAGGAGAAACUGGUCCCGUUGGAGAGAGAGGACAUCCUGGAUCACCAGGGCCCCCUGGAGAGCAAGGUCUUCCCGGAGCUGCUGGCAAAGAAGGUGGAAAGGGUGAUCCAGGUCCUCAGGGGGGUUCUGGGAAACCUGGCCCUGCCGGAUUGAAAGGGUUCCCAGGACAAAGGGGGCUUCCUGGCGCAGCGGGUCCAUCUGGUCUGAAGGGAGGCGAGGGUCCACAGGGUCCACCCGGCCCCAUUGGGUCACCAGGAGAGAGAGGAGCAGCUGGACCAGGAGGACCCAUUGGUCUAACAGGACGCAAUGGCCCUCAGGGACCCCCGGGACCCGCUGGAGAGAAGGGUGGUCCGGGUGAGAAAGGACCUGCUGGUCCUGCCGGUCGGGAUGGCAUCCAAGGUCCAGUCGGUCUCCCUGGCCCAGCCGGACCUCAGGGUCCACCUGGAGAGGACGGUGACAAGGGAGAAGUUGGAGAGCCUGGUCAAAAGGGAAGCAAAGGUGACAAGGGUGAAUAUGGUCCGCCAGGCCCAGGAGGUCCUCAGGGUGUAGUUGGAGCUCCAGGUCCUGCUGGAAGUGACGGUGAGCCCGGACCCAGAGGUCAGCAGGGUAUGUUUGGGCAGAAGGGAGAUGAGGGGCCCCGUGGUUUCCCAGGUCUUCCCGGUCCCGUCGGACUGCAGGGUUUGCCAGGACCACCAGGUGAGAAAGGAGAGAAUGGAGAUGUUGGCUCAAUGGGUCCACCUGGUCCUCCUGGUCCCAGAGGUCCUCAAGGUUCUAGUGGAGCAGAUGGUGCUCCUGGCCCUCCUGGAGGUAUCGGCUCAAUGGGUGGAAAUGGUGAAAAGGGUGAGACCGGUGAGGCAGGUAAUCCAGGACCACCAGGAGAGUCUGGUCCAGGAGGACCCAAAGGUGAGCUUGGAGAGAAAGGAGAAGCCGGUCCUCCUGGAGCUGCAGGACCCGCUGGUGCAAGAGGACCCCCUGGAGAUGACGGUCCCAAAGGAAACCCAGGUCCUAUUGGCUUCCCUGGAGAUCCAGGUCCUCCUGGUGAGCCUGGAGUUGGUGGACUGGAUGGCCUUCCUGGAGACAAGGGAGAUGAUGGAGAGGCCGGUCAGCCUGGUCCAUCCGGUCCAUCUGGUGAAGCUGGUCCUCCAGGACCCCCUGGAAAGCGAGGUCCUGCUGGCCCAGGUGGUACAGAAGGCAGACAAGGAGAGAAGGGUGCAAAGGGUGAGGCCGGUGCUGAGGGACCAGUGGGCAAAACUGGGCCUGUGGGCCCCCAGGGGCCUCCUGGAAAGUCUGGAGCUGAGGGCUUACGUGGCAUCCCUGGACCUGUGGGUGAGCAGGGACUUCCUGGAGCUGCUGGCCAGGAUGGUCCUCCUGGACCAUUGGGUCCUCCUGGUCUUCCUGGCUUGAAAGGUGACCCUGGUACUAAGGGUGAGAAGGGUCAUCCAGGUCUGAUUGGUCUGAUCGGUCCUCCUGGUGAGUCAGGAGAGAAGGGUGACCGAGGACUCCAAGGACCUCAGGGGCUCGGUGGAGGCAAGGGUGACUCUGGUCCCGUUGGUACUCCUGGUCCACUCGGUCCUCCAGGUCCUCCUGGUAUUCCUGGCACUCAAGGACAUAAGGGAUCCAAAGGAUCAACUGGUUCAGCUGGCCAGAAGGGAGAGCCUGGCUUGAUUGGACCACCAGGUCCUCCGGGUCCAGCUGGUGACAUCAUCCAGCCCCUCCCCAUCCAGACAAAUAAAAAAUCGAGGAGGUCACCCGACAUGCAGGAUGAUGAAGCAGCGGGAAUGAUAGAUUAUGGUAUGGAGGGGAUGGAGGAUGUGUUUGGAUCCCUCAACAACCUCAAGCAGGACAUUGAACGCAUGAAGUUCCCACUGGGAACCGAGGAUAACCCUGCCAGAACCUGCAAAGACCUGCAACUCAGCCAACCAGAAUUUCCUGAUGGACAUUACUGGAUCGAUCCAAAUAUGGGAUGCAUAGGAGACGCCUUUAAAGUGUACUGUAACUUCACUGCAGGAGGAGAAACUUGCAUUUUCCCUGAUAAGAAAUCCUCAGGGGUUAGAAUAUCAAACUGGCCAAAGGAGUCCCCAGGAUCUUGGUUCAGUGAAUUCAAGCGUGGAAAAAUCUUGUCUUAUGUGGAUGUUGAGGAGGGCUCGAUAAACUCAGUCCAGAUGACGUUCCUCAAGUUGCUCAGCUCUUCUGCCCGGCAGAACUUCACAUACAUAUGCCAUCAGUCUGUGGCCUGGUAUGACGCCAAGGCUGACAACUAUGACAAGGCGCUGCGCUUCCUGGGCUCUAAUGAUGAGGAAAUGUCCUAUGACAACAACCCCUUCAUCAAGGCUCUUUCAGAUGGCUGCUCGCUGAAGCAGGGGUAUUCUAAGUCUGUGAUGGAAAUUAACACUCCUCGCAUCGACCAGGUGCCCAUCAUCGAUGUCAUGUUGAAUGACUUUGGGGAAUCCAGUCAAAGGUUUGGCUUUGAGGUAGGCCCUGUCUGCUUCAUCGGCUAAAGGACACCCCCCUUCAACUUUAUGGAAAAGGUCAAGGAGUGUGGCUAGCCAAGAGACCCCCAACCCGCCCCCUCCUUGCGCCACAAACACACACACCAGCACCCGCACUGUGUAAUCUGAAAUGGAA